AUGUGGGCCGCUGCCACGUCGGGAGACCCAAACGGAAGCGCUGUUCAUAUGCACCUGUUAGCCUGCCUUUUGGCGUCUGUGUGGGAAGCACCGGAAGCCACGUCGAUCUGGGUACAGCUGGUCCUAGAAAGACGCGGCGAAGUUGCCCAUUGCAUGGAGCGUGGUGACGAAGUUCCUUUCAAGCUCGCGGCUGCUGCCGCGCCGGAUAAAAUAUCUAGAAGUGACCUUGCUUCAUGGGAUGCAAGUGCCCGUGCUUGGCUGGAGACAGCGAACGAGAUCAAGAAGAAAGAGCAGGCCCAGCUACGGUUGAUACUAAAGAAUGUUGAAUAUUGCAUUCGUCCCCAGGCGACGCUUUAUAAAGAUGUGGUCGAAGUCUGGAGGAUCGCCACCAGUGCAAUGGACAACGUUGUAUCCGGGAUAGCCCAGGAGAUACAUAAUGGAGCUGCGAUACUCGGGCUCUCCGCAUGGCACCUGUACCCCGACAUGCAAAUCUUCGGCCAGAGGCAGAUCGAGGUGACCAUGACGGACCCCCUCAUUCCGGCCGGUGGUCUCUUGUCUCUUGGGUGCAGUCCCUCCGUCACAGGAUCUCAGUCAGGAAUCACGUGGUCUCUUUCGCUGGCCAGCCUGAAAUACUAUGGUGAGCCUGUCAAAACAACGACAGAGGUUCGUGGCGACCAUUCUUCUCGACUUUCUGCGGAUGAAUUUCGACUUGUCGUACUGGGUUCCAUUCUGCGCAUGUGGAACAUCGCACCAGCGCAAGAGUCACUUACGAUCAAAUUAUUGGCUGCUCUGUCGUUUCAUAUCCUUCAUCAUAUGGGCGGGCAGCUUAGUGAGAACCGCGAUGGUUGGGGCCUACUCGAGAAGGCGGAAGCCCUUCAUCAGGAGGAUGGGCCUGGCGCAGAUCCAUUCAUCAAGUUGGGCAGGAACCGUCCGCAUUUCAAACCGGCAGAUGCUGACGGUCGUUCUGGCCCAGUUGACGACAGGCAGUUCUUUGGACUUCUGGACGUGGAAAACUUUAUCGCUUGUCUCAAGUCACCAGAGGAUAGGGUCAGCGCGUUGCGGAGAUGCGGUUCCCGCGUCGAUCAACCUGGCGGGUAUUACGCAGCUCUCAUCCGCUAUGAAACCGCUGAUGGCCAAAUACGAUACACUCCCCUCGUAAACGAAGACAGUUCAGUGUCCGGUAUGAGGGGUUGUGCGUAUUGCCCAGAUUCAUCUGUGAGUUGGACAGAUCCAGAGCUGACGACACCUGCUGGGAUCCCAACCGCUCCAUCCAUGUCCUCCCGCGUCGCCUCAAGUUCCAAUAUCGACCACGCUGUAAAAGACACUGGCAGAGAGUUUGAAGAACGCGGCGUCGGCAGUCACAGGGUCGACGCAUCUGAUGAAUCUCCAACGAACACUAGCAAUCGAAGUGAACACGAGAACAUCGUGGAGGACAUUCUUCGUCCCGAUACUCCAACGUCCCGCAAUACCGCUGUCGGCGAACAUGACCGCAAUGAGAGCAAUAGCAGCGCUGGACUUAACAACGAUCAUGCUAAUGAUGACGAGAAGGAUGAUCAAUUUUUUGAUGACAGUGGCGGCGAAGGUGACAGCGAUAUUGAUGAUGACGAGUCCGGAUCUGGAGAUGAAGAUUGCGACGAUAGUGACUCGGAUGGGGAAGCUUCUCACUUCUCGCCUUUCACAUCCCACGCUUUCCAGAGCUUCCAUUUCACAUCCCACGGUGAGACCUAUCACUUUGCCUUUGGCGAUCACUCAAAGGCGGGCAUCUAUUUUCCCUCCAGAUCCUUCUACAGCACCGCGCCCUCUAUCUUGCCCGAAGACGUUUGCCCUUCCGAACUCGAGGCUGGCGUCACUGGCAUGUCCUACGAGAACUCGAUCUAUGUUCCUUCCCAGCUACUUCGCGAUCCUUUAUCGAGGAAGGAACAUGGCACCGUGAGUCGUGUCCUGGGCAAUAUUGGCCAGCCGGGUCUGGUGUUGUUUUCCUCCGUAUGCAACCCCAUGAUCAGGCCGAUAGACGAUCAGAAUUGGAGGGUGAUGAACAUGAACCGGUUUGAUGGUCAACCAGAGGACCAUUUCGGAUCAACGUCGAUGCAUCUGGGCUUCACUAAGUGGGAAAGGUCGCUGGACGUUCAUGGCGCAGAAGGAAACCAAGAUGUCCAAUUCACGAAGAAGGAAUCCGUCAUUGCCAUUCGGGACUCCGGCCGAUGGAUUGGGGACUUCGAUCUUGUUGGAGCGCUGAACAGCCCCCAUAUCAUCAGGUUACAGUCUCAGGCUCCUUGCGACCAUAGAGCUGACGAUUGGGCUCAAGAUGACUCCUUGCGAAGUAUCGAGAGCUGGGAUGAGCUCCGUGAAUGCCAGCACGGUCUUGCGGUUGUCAGAGUGCAUGGAAACUGGCUUGCGCGGCUUGCUGUGACUGCAUACCUCGCGCGACAGGCAAACGAGGAUGAAGGCAGAGGGCCGAAAAUCACUUUGCUGCCUGCCAAGAUGUGCUGGAAGUGCCUCGAGCAUGGGGCUGCGACAGCCCCACUGGAAAACUUCACGAUCUCAUCAGCGGCACGCGUCUCCUCCACGUCUCAGAACACGGCAACCGGUUUUAUUCGCGCCGCAUUGGUCCCAAUGCCCGAGCAUGAUACUAUGGCGCAGCGUCGACAGCACUCGGACUCGGGCGGUAGUAGGAUAGACAUGGAGAACCUCGCAGCAAUGGGAAGAUUCGGGGAGGGUGCCGGACAUCACCGCCGUGUCUCGGAUGCCAGAGUUCACAUUUCGCCCUUUGUGGGACGGAUAGGAGGCAAUGGAGGCGACAGUCCCCCAAACGAGGAGGUCUUGAAAUCCAUACCGGACGCGGUACCGUACAUGGGCCUGAAGGACAUAUUCAACCUCCAGCCCUUCUUCACGGUCGGUUUAUGGAAGGCGGCCCUGCUCGAGGGGAUGGGGACAGGAACCUUGAUGCUGGUCUGGUUGACUAUCUACACCAGCAUCUCCCCCUCGGUGAUCCCGUUGGAACCUACCCAGCGGUGGGGCGUAUUUGAUAACGCAGCCUUCAUAGGGCCUCUUGUCGCCAGCAUACUCAACUUCGUGUACCUCACGCUCUUCACGUUCUGUUUUGGCGCUGUCACUGGAGCCCACUUGAAUCCGAUGAUCACGAUUGCGACCUUCUUUGCGCGUCUGUGCUCACUGCCCCGCGCGGUGAUGUACGUCAGCUUCCAGACUGGAGGAGCAGCGCUGGGCGGUCUGCUGGCACGUGCGAGUUACGGCACCCGAGAUUUCAAAGUAGGGGGGUGCUGGCUCUAUCCAGAGGUUGUCCCCAUCCGGGACGCAUUCACGACAGAGCUCAUGGCCAGCAUCAUCAUCCUCUUCUUUGCAUUUGGGGUCGGUCUCGAUCCAAGACAAAGAAAGACUGUCGGCCCGACGCUUGGCCCGUUCCUGGUGGGCUUGGCGCUGGGUAGUAUGACAUUCGGCACGGGGUACUCACGUUACGGCUAUGGGGGCGCGAGUAUGAAUCCUGCUCGGUGCUUUGGGACGUUUGUGGGAAGCAGCUUUCCAGGUUGGCACUGGAUACACUGCCUGUAUGCUGCAUUCGGUGUUCUAUCACAUCGUGCCGCCCUGGGAUUUCGUCUCGGAUGA